AGUGGAAGAGCAUCAGAGAUCUCCUCGGUCAUCCCGCAUUGAACAGAUUGGCGAGCAAGCGGACGAUCUGUCGAAGACCUCAGAGCAAAACAGUUUCUGACAUGCACUUUGAUAAAUCGCCAAAAGAGAAGCCGUGUUGCACGCUGCCCACAGUGAAGAAACUCUUGGAGCAGAAGAGAAGACGCGAGACGUCCUCUGUGCCACCCUGCUGCCCGGCUGCCAGCACAAGUCCUGUUCCUCCAGCUACUCUUACACAAUUGCCUCCACCAGAGCCAUUUCCCUGUACAGGUGCAACAAGCAGCUACUCAGACAUGGCAGUAAGCUACGAGCAGUGGCCCCAAGCUCCUGAGCCUACAUUCAAUUACUACAGCAACCAUCCAGGAACCAGCUUAGCUGGAGCCUAUAGCCACACAAUGACGCCUGAAUAUAACACGCAGCAACAGGUCCAUGGAUAUGGAGAUUUGUCUCAGUCAUAUUGCCUGGAGGCUACCACAGAUUCUUCAUGGCCACUUCUGGGCCCAGCACAGACCACACAGCUGACUUUUGGUUCAACAAUUGAUGUCACCAAGCUAGAGGAAGCCAGGAUGCUGCUCAGCAGGAUGGACUACAGCAGAACCACCUGCCAGGAUGAAGACGGAGACACUAUCCUGCACAUCUACACUGCCAAGGGGUUGAGAGAGUGUGCCUAUGCUGCUGCAGAGAGGCUGAGGGAUAUAGGGAGACUUGAUGCAAAAGAACAUAAGGGAAAGACUGCUUUACUGGUGGCAGUGACGGCAAACCAGGCAGAGAUCGUGCAGGAUCUGCUGUCUUUAGGAGCAGAUAUCAAUGCCUGCGACGUUAAUGGACAAACUGCUCUUCACCUGGCUUCUCACUAUGGAUUCCCAGGGGUUCUGCGGGCAAUUCUGUCAAGCAGGCCGGCCGUCAACCUGGAGGCCCGCAAUUUUGAAGGUAUGACCCCUCUGCACUGUGCAACCAUUUCUCACAGUGUCACAAUGAAGGCUUUGUCUACCGUUGGGCAUGCAGAUGUCAAUCUUCAGACCAAAGCUAUAGAGAAGCUCUCCUGCGUGCAGAUGCUACUAGAUGCAGGGGCAUCCCUACUCAGUCAGGAAAUCAAAAGUAACAAGACUGUGCUGCACUUGGCUGUAAAGGAGGGGAACAUUGAUCUUGUGCGUUAUCUGCUGAGCAUUCCCCUGCCGAACAUGAAAGACUUUGUCAAUAUGAAAGCUCAUGGUCACACAGCUUUACAUAUGGCAGCCGGUCUCCAUGGUAACCUCCACCAGGAGGAGAUCCUGCAGCUGCUGCUGAGCAGAGGAGCUGAUCCCAGCAUCCGCAAUCUGGAGAAUGACCAGCCAGCUCACCUGCUGCAGAGCGGCAUGCAGGGAGAACAGCUCAAACUCAUGCUGAAGAAACGAAGUGCUUCCUCUCGCCGACGUAUUGUGUCCUUGCAGGAUCAAGAAUGAGUUAAAUAACUUGUAGUCCCUGUUUAGUGGGAAUAUAAGAAUGUUCCUCUGUUGACAAGGGGAUUUAAACGCCGGGAGCAAGUCUAUUGUUGAUGAGUAAAUGUGACUUCUUUGGUAUAUAAAUCUCCAAAUGCAGUACAAAUCACAUUGUAUUAGACAAGCGAUGCUUUAAUUCUAAAGCUUAAAUUUAUUUAGUUUCUGUAAAACUGGAGUGAUUUGUUUAUUUACUACACUU